GUCUCUGUAUGUGAAAAUGACAUGUAGCGCUACAGGCUGUUAGCGGUGUGUGUGUGUCGCUCAGACGUCUCGCUUUUUAGCCCAAAACACAGAAACGUGCUGGAGACUACGCAUGAAGAAAUUAAGCUGAAAGAAGAGAGGUGCUUCAAUGAUGCUGCUGUGAAGAAAAAAUCCUCUCUGAUCAUCAUGAAUGGUCUGACGCCAGCACGGAGCCUCUGAUUGGCGCAGGAUAAUUGCUUUUGUUAACAGAUAUUAGUAUUUAAUGUGGAGGAGGCUACGUUUAAUUGAUUUGAGACAUAUCAAGGAUCUUGGACUCUCUUUAGCAGGGACGCAGUGGGAUUUGUUGGGCCCACUAUGCUGUGGGACCCCCUUUUUUUAAAUGGUAUAAUCCACUUGCUUUUUUUAACCUCACUGACAGGCAGAAUGGUCCACCUGUGCGUUGUGCUUCUGACUGGUUUCAAUGAUACAUUCAAGCCUUAAGCUGUUACUCUAAGGGACCUUUAUUUUUCUUACCUCGUUUACUAAUUUGCGUUGUGCCUUUGUAGUCAUCUUUGCUUGACGCCUGUUUCAAGGGAGAGUAGUCACAAUACUACAUGAUCUCCGAUUGUAGAAAUUGUGUCUAACAAUGGACUGAUGAAUAUCUAAACUCUUGGAGAUUACUUUGUUACCCUCGCCAGUCUUAUUGAAAUCAACAUUUCUUUAUCUUCUGAGAUCUCUUUUUAGUGAGUCAUGUCAGCAGACCCAUCUUGUUGAUAGCAAAUACAAAUAUUUGAGUGAUUAUUAUAGGUCAAAAUAUCCUCAAACAACACCUUUAGUCCUUUCCUUUCUCUAGGAAUCUCUUGGGUUGUUUGAACCUCACUGACAGGCAGAAUGGUCCACCUGACAGCUGGUUUAUGACUCUUUCCUGUGCUGAUCUGUGUUUUCUCAUGCCUUGCUCAUCAACACAACUAUGAUAGGCUCACCUGACGUGGUGGCUUUCACUAAAGAGGAUGAUUUCGGGCAGGCAGAUCCCGACCCCUGGGCCAUCCCCGAUGAGUUUUCUGUCCCUCUAUCUCCAAUCUCUGACUCCAACCCCUGGGCUAAAACCUCCUACGCCAAGUUCACCAAAGACUUCAUCCUCAUCUCCGAGUUCUCCGAGCAGGUCGGCCCUCAGCCUCUCCUCACCAUCCCCGAAGACCCCAAAGUCUGCGGCACCUUCGACCUCAACUACUUCUCCCUGCGCAUCAUGUCGGUGGACUACCAGGCCUCCUUUGUGGGGCAUCCGCCCGGCAGCGGGUACCCGAGGCUCAGCUUUGUGGAGGACUCCAGGGUGGUGCUGGGAGACUCAAAGGAAGGAGCGUUUGCAUACGUCCAUCACCUCACGCUUUACGACCUGGAGGCGAGGGGCUUCGUGCGACCGUUCUGCAUGGCGUACGUCUCGGCUGACGAGAGGAAAAUCAUGCUGCAGUUUCAGGAGCUUUCCCUCCGCUUCUCUCAGGCGUCCGAGUGUCUGAAGGCUGGGAACAGGAGGGCGUUUGCCAAGGAGCUCCAGAGGAAGCUGCGGGAUCUGGAGUACACUCACUCGGUGCUGCAGAGGGAGGAGGGUCUGCAGAGAGAGGCUGGGACUCAGCGCAUGUACUCCGCUCACGCUGUGGAGAAAGCCAACGAGCUCGCUAACGUGGAAAAAAGCAUCUACGAACACCGAGACCUGCUGAGACAGAUCAGCUCCUACAAUAAACGCCCGCGCCGAGACCCUCAAGCCGUCAGCUGCCAGAGGUGCAUCAACGAGUGCUUGAUCGAAUGCGAGCAGCUGAUAGACAAAUAUGCAAAGCUCGCCAGGCCUUUUAGCUACAAUGAGAAAGAUGAGACGGGGCAGGCCAUCGAUGCUGGAGGUGAAGAAGAAGGGGAUGAUGAAGGCGUUAAGCGAAGGCCGUCCUACACGCCACAGCUGAUCAAAGCCAAGUCUGCAAAGUGUUUCGACAAACGCCUGAAGACCCUGCCGGAGCUGUGCGACGUUACUUUCUACGACGCCACCGUGACGCUCCUGAAGGACACGGAGAAGGGUUUCCGGGGGGAUCUUUGCUACCUUCACACACAACGCCUGGACAAGGCACUACGCAGGAAACAGAGAGUUACCAACUUCCUGUUUGAGGAGGACCUCGGGGAUGACGAUGAAGAGGAUGAAAGGGGGACCCUGAGACCAUUCUGUGCUGUGAACCAUGCUGUAGAUAACUAUACUCCUUUAAAUCCACCUCAUAUUGUGCUUGGAACAGAACCUCUAGUGUUGGAGGAUCUAGAGCCUCCGGAUCCUCUCAACCCCGGCCUUACUUCAGAGACCGAACCUGGGCUUGUGGAGAGCCAUCUGGAGUCCUCCCCUUCAGAUCAAACUCUGGAGACUCAAGGGAGCUCAGAAGGGAACAAAGGAAGCUUCAGCAGCGAUAAGAGCGGACUGGAUCUCGCAGAGAAGCAACUGAAUCGGGCUAAAUCACAAGCUCCUGAUCCUGAUUGUAAACUGACCAAUGAACCGGACAUGGAGAGGGAAAGCAGCAGCGAAGAUUUGGAGACAACCGCUGGGGAUGAUGAUGGAGACGGGACUCCUGUGUCACUUCUGGAGGUUGCGUCCGAGCUGGAGGCCAGCAGAGAAGACGAGUGUGAAGUAAUAACUGACGGGGCUUCGGAUAUAUUGAUUCCUUUGGACUCUGCUUGCUGUAUGGCCCAGGAGGGUUUCCUUUACGAAGCUUCUCCAGCAGAGAGAACUCCUUGUGUUGGCCAAAGCUCCAACUCGCAAUCCCCAGUUGUCAACCAGGAGCCUCAUGCCCUUCUCCCCCUCCAGAGCGACUACACGGUGGGUUCCCCGGGCUCAGAAAGCCCCGCCACCGGACUGGAGUUGCCUGUUGGGCUCCUCGGAGAUGCCGUUUCCCGAACCUCAUUGGAGGAAGGGUCAGACUGUACCAUGAGUGCUUCUACAGGGUCCGAUCGGGCCGCUUCACCUCUUGGCUACGGGGGAGUUGUGACCCUGCGCCAGAGGAAGAAGGCCGGACAAGCAGCGCUGAAGUUUGUGCGACAGUAUCCGUUUGCCAUGCAGGCGCUGUGGUGUCUGCUGAGCGGCCGCACGCUGGUGGUGCUCGGGGCCGACGAGGGGAGGGUCCGCCGGCUCGUUUCUGCUCUCGCUCUCUUUGUGCCGGCGCCGGGGAAAUGUGGAGAGAGAGUUCAAGCCUGGCUGUCCUGUCCCUUCACCCUCACCGACCUGCAGAGGUGGAAACUCAUUGGCUUACAAAGAGUGGCGUCCCCUGUCGGCUCCAGCAUGCUUUACUCUCUGUCGCGCUACAGCCGCUACAUCUCCAUCCUAGACGUCGACCAGAAAACGCUGCGCUGUCCUCCGUACCGAGGCCAGCUGCUUGCCAACAUCGCCGACCAUCGCACCUCCAUCCGCCGCGGCUCCACCUUCUUCCUCCACCUGCAGAGCACGCUGUGUGAGAUGGCAGCCAAGGCCUUCCUGUUGACCUUCACCCACCACCUGCACCUCCCCGUCAGCUGCACCGAGGGGCCGGAGGGGGUGGAGGGCCGGCGCCGCUGCUUCCUGCAGGAACAGCUGGGUCUGGGGCACGAGGACAGCCAGAUCCUGCUCUACCUCAGCCAGCUCGUCACGCAGCACUACCUGCAUCCCGCCACCGGGGGCAGCGCAGCGGCAACCAGCUUCACCUUCAACUACACCACCAGCGUUUUAUACAAAAUCUGAUUUGAAACUGAGGAUUCCCACAUAUAGUAUUAGCAAAUAUCAUCGUCGACUCUUUGUUUUAAAUGGACCAAAGGAGGAUUUUAAAGAGGGCCAGGAAAAACUCUGAAAUAGUUAUCGUUUUAUUUAGUGUUUAAUCUAUCUUUCUCUCUGCCUUGCUGUCUUUUUGUCUUGUCGUCCUUCUUCCUCUACGGGAAGGAAAACGGAGACAGAUGUGAAUGUCAGUGAGCAUUUGUUAGCAAAUAUCAUCGUCGACUCUUUGUUCUUAAAUGGACCAAAGGAUAAUUUUAAAGAGGGCCACGCUCAGUUUUAUUUCCAGGAAAACCUCUUAAAUAGUUAUUGUUUUAUUUAGUGUGUAAGCUGUCUUUCUCUCUGCCUUGCUGUCUUUUUGUCUUGUCGUCCUUUUCCCUCUACGGGAAGGAAAACGGAGACGGUUAUGAAUGUCAGUGAGCAUUUUGUCUGUAUUUGGUCCAGAACACAAUCACAAACCAAACACAGCACACGAAGGUCAGUCGUACUUUUUGUCAUUGUGUGUUUUAAUGGAAACGUUACUUGCGCUGGCUUGUUUAGGGUCAUUUCUGCCCUUUCUCCACACACACACACACACACACACACACACACACACACACACACACACACACACUCUGUGUUAGCUAACCAUAGCUCUGUGUUGAGAUCCACCAAUCACAGUUUUCAGCUAUGAUAAUCUUAGCUAUGUAUUUUAAGGAUUACUGCAACAUUCUACGUACGCUGACAUUGUCUGCCCGUGAAAUCUUAUCAACAGGCUUAUCACAGCUGGUUUUGUGACAUGCCUCUCUUCCAAAUCAACCUCCUGAAGCCUAUUCCUUUUUUAUAUUUCUUUUAUGAGCCAAUUUCAAACGCACAUUCCUGCAGCAAUCUUCAUUUUAUAUCCAAAUAGAGACACAAUGUUGGAUGUAAGCUGAGUGGAUUUGUGGGCAUGGAUUAAACAUUCCUUACCUUAAGUUGGUGAUGCAUGAGAAAGUAAUAUGUGCUGCGUGAACUACACACGGAGAGCCCCAUGUGAUAUUUGCAUGUCCGGAAAUCAUACUCACCCAUGUUGGGCCGGUGUCACUAUUAAGGGCUCGCGGAGCAUUUUCAUGGAUAUUACUCACAUCGUGCAGGAAAUGUACUUAAACCUAAAUGUAUUGAAUUUCACUGUUGUCUUAAAAGUUGUCUGAGAGUGUUGUGGUGUCAGCAUGAGACUGUCUUGUGCUCGGGUGAAUCACCGUGUUGAUAAUAUUUCUGUUUCGUUGUAAUUGGAUGAAGAUGCUGAAAGAGUUUGAGGUGACGGGGACGAUGUUCUACAGAGUUUAUUAUAGGGGAAAGAAUGAUUUCCUGUGCCAUCGAAAACGAGCUAACUUGAAUUAGGACAGCUGCCUAUUAUUUAUUUUUCUUCUGAGCAGCCAUUGCUGGAUGUGUGAUAGGAAACAAAACUUGUGUGUAUUUAUCGCUUUAGGACAAAUUUGGAUUAUGACCAUCAUGAUAAGUACGCUUCGAUUUUCUCUUUGCAGCAUUCUGGAAAUGUUACAGGCCUUAUUAUGCUUUUUGGGGUUUUCCCUUUCCUCUAGUGUGCUACAAGGGUUUUUAGUGCAUGUAAAUGGUCGGUAAAGGCUAAAUUACCAAAAUGUCUCCCACACACUCCGCCCUCUGCCUGAAACACCUCCGUUGGACUCCUAUUGUUUACUUCCGUGACAUAUUGACAUCACUAUCUAACAUUCGUGCUCCCAGUGGCUCCAACACAUUGUGCUAAGGGGCGGGACAUCUCUUAGUAUUUGACCAAUCACAACAGAGCCGGCCAGCUAACCAAUUAGAGCAGACUGGGCUCUGG